AUGUCAAUAAAACGAACAGAUAGUAAAUCAUAUAUAUUAAAUCGAUAUAGUAAUGAUUCUACACAACGUACAUCGAAUCGAUAUUCUUCAAAAGAUAAUAAAAUAAUUGAAAGAAUAUCAUCAAAUACACAAAUACAUGCAAAUAAUGAUAAUCUAUUAAAAAAAUCACAAAAAUUAACUGAAUUAUCAAAACAAAAACGACAAAUUCCACCUGAUAAACUUAAAUUAAUACGUCAUGUUUUUAAUACUAUUAGUAAUAAUUCUCAAUCUAUGCCUGUUGAACGUUUAACUGAUGCUUUUCUUGCACUUAAUUACGACCCACAAAAAGAUAUAACUUAUCAAGAUUUUCUAAUUGAAUAUGAAUUAACUGACACAUUUUCUGGUUUACUCGAUUUUCAACAUUUUGCAUUAUUAGUAUUAGCAUACGAAGAAAAAUUACAUUUAGAAGACGAAGCAUUUCGACGAUUAGAUCUUAAAAUUGCGUUUGAAUGUUUUGAUAUAAACAAAGAUGGUAUGAUUGAUGCAAAUGAUUUAUCUAUAAUUAUGAAUAUUUUAAAUUAUCCUAUUAAUAAUCAAGAAGCUAACGAAAUGAUUGAGUUUGCUGAUCAUGAUAAAGAUGCUUUAUUAUCUUUUGAUGAAUUUCUUACAAUAUUCACACAAAUCUCAACAAUUGUAACAUCACAAUAA